AUGGCGGUCAGUCCGGUAUCACGCGCCGACUCCGGGCCGCUUAUAAGUGCACGUGACGCGUCGUAUUGGAUGUCCGUUGCCUGUACUUCAUCUUCUUCUCACUCGAAUAUCGUUCCAAGCGUCUCUGCCUCCUCAUCGUCACGUAGCAUCAACACCAAUAGUUUCCUUUUGAAUUACCGAAAUAACAGCUUUUUGAAUGACACGACUAACUCAUUGGAGCAACAUGACAAUCUCAAUGUUCCACAAGAUACUACACAUCCACAUUUCGAGAAUUUUAUGCAUCAACAGAAUGAAAGAAGUCAUGGGAUUACAUUGGAUCAUCAUUCUGAGUCGAAUCGACAAACAUUCGUGACCGAGGAAGUAUACGAGUAUCAACGGUACCAUAUGGUUUUAGGUUGGGGAUCUAAAGGACAUUUAUUGCCAUUAGAUCCGGAUAAAUACAUGCGUGUAGUACGGCAUGGUUUGCAAAUCCGGAAACGACAAACACAAAGUAUACAUGAGACUGAGAACGAUGUGUUGCUUGAAUGGACUGCAGCAUCGACAUUUCCAGAUAUUUCAUUACCAGAUCCACCACUUAUUGAUAAAAUUACGACAACUAAACAACGAAGUCGAUCAGCUGCAAGUUCUACAAAAAAUGACAAAACAAAACGAACAAUGAAUGGAAAGAAUUUUCAAAGUCCUCGAUGGGAGUGGGCAAGUCCAUGGCAUUUGGAAACGUUUGGAAACUCCCACGAUGUUAUGGAUGGAUGGCAAUACGCAUCCAGCUUUUCACAUUUUCGCCCACGUCCGCUGCGUCAUUCAAGAGGACGAUCGAUUAAUUCUCAAAGACAAGCGUAUUUGCCAUUAGAUCGAGAAGUACCAUCUUCUUCUCCUUUCACUUCUUCAGGAAAAAGAUUGCGAGUGCGUCGACGGAAAUGGGUACGUUAUCGACGAUUACGUUCAGGACGCAAAAAGUUUUCCAACGAUACAAUUACAAGUGCCUUUGAUGAUGCAUUUCUUGAUUCGAUGAGUGGUUGGUUACGUAAACGUGGUCAUGUGUGUAAAAAUUGGAAAGACCGAUAUUUUGUGCUUCACAAGUCUGUGUUGCGGUAUUAUAGCGAUGCGUGCUGUACGAAAUUAAAAGGAGAAGUGUUGCUGUUCCAUCCACAAACUUGUGUUCACUAUGUAGAUGUUCACGUGACAGGGGGUCGUGAUGCAAGUUUUGCCAUUCAAGUUGGAUCUGAGUAUACGUUGCUAUUACAAGCUGAACGACUUAGUGAUCGUGAAAAUUGGAUGUAUUGUAUUGAAGAUGCAUUGUUGUGUCGCGAUUCGUAUCAAAAUCAACAGGUAGCAGAUGGAGGUAUACCUUUUGAUUUACGCGAAAGUGUCGCGAAACGACGAUUAUUGAGUGCUGAAUCUAUGGCUCUGAAUGGAAACUCGUUUCGAGAUUAUUUUGAUGGUAUUAACCACGCUCAUCGAGCUACCAGAGCUUCGAGUAAUGACACCUCUAGUGACAGACGCAAUGGAAUAUCAAACUUACAGACUGGUAACAGUUCUGGAAGUGACGUGUUGCAUUUAUGGGCGUCGCUGCACGCUAAACCUGGUGGUGUUCUGAGCGCUGUCAGUUCUGCAUCUCCGACGUUGCGUGCGUUAUUGCGCGAAUGUGACCAGUUCUUAGCAAGCAAAACGAUGCGGCAACAUAUUGCAAACUUUCUUGUCCUGUUUCGACGAAAAUAUGAGCGCCCAGCAGUUGCCUCGGUCUCAGCAAUUGGUGCAUCAGCAUGGACACGACUUUCGGAGCCAUGGGCGCUUGCAACUGGGAAUGAGUCGGACAGUGACCAAGAAACUCGAGAAGGUUCAUUAGAUGCAACAUUACACGUUACGAAUUUGCAAGAUGCACGCAGUCUGUUGGCACUUAAAAACUAUCGAUUCUUUCUUGAACGGUCCCUCGAGCUGAUUAUGGAUCAUGUGACAACUUUUGCAAACUCAACUUUACUUCAACAACCAGGCAUGUCACCAUUAGAUGGACAACAUGCACUAAGGGAUGAUGAGUGGGCACUUGCUCGUCGUGCAGCGUUGUAUAAGUUAGAACGUCGGACUUUUAUUCCAUUGCAAGAGAUUAUUUAUCAAUUAUUAGGAGCUCGGACGGGAUCUGGACGUGGACAGAAACAAGAAGAAGAGCAAUUUGAACGAUUGCGUCAACGAGUGGCAUCGUAUCCUCAGAGUUUUUUUGAAAUUCGACCAACACAUCAAUCUCCUUCUGAGUGGCAAUCAGCUAUUGCAUUACUCAAUACAAUGGAUAAUUAUUCACUUCCGUCCGAAAAGGCAGCUGUGCUUGUGGAAGUGGCACGUUGUAUCUAUGAGACUUAUGCACGCGAACACAACAUUGCUACGAAUAGUGUAGGAGCUCAAAAGCAGCCGACAAUGGCAGCUGAUGACUUUUUACCAAUUUUUAUCUUUAUAUUGGCACGAUGUCGACUUCGAAGUGUCAUUGUGGCUCGUCAUAUAAUUAGCGAAACGAUGAUUACGGCACUAAUGAUUGGUGAAACGGGAUACUAUGCUACAAUGCUCGAGGCUGCUAUUGGCUAUAUUGCAUCUUUUGAUGACACGGCCAAGGUUGAUAAAAUACCAAGUCGGUGUAGUGGCAGUGGCGCUACUACUGUUGGUAGUUUUUAG